AUGAACACCUCGUUCGUCUUCCUGACCAUCGCGGCCGUCUUCCUCGCCCUGGCCUCGGGCUUGGCCAGCGCACAAAACUCGGACAUCCCGAUCCCGUACGAUCCCGUCAACCCGCCGGCGCCGGUCAAGUUCAACCGCGACCGGUUCCAGAUUUGGAACGUCAACACGUCGGCCUUCUGCUUCUUCGACUGCCCCGACGUGCCCCUGUACCCCGCGGCGUGCCCGCUCACCUGCCGCCAGUCCAACCGGACGAGCGUGCAGCAGUUCAUCGUGUCGUCGGCCUACAACAAGAUCGUCCAGAAGGGCUGCUGGAUGGAGGCCCCCGUGAGCGAGGUGGGCUUCCUUGGCGGCCUCGUCGGCGGCUCGCGCUGGUGCUGGCCCAAGAACGCCACGGGCGCCGGUGGCGUGGGCCAGGACGGCGACGUGCACUGCAAGGGCGCCGUGGGCAACGUGCCGCUGCUGCCCUACGACUGGAUCCGGUUCCACAAGAUCGCCGGCGUGCAGGCCAACUUCUUUUACCCGUACGACACCAUCCGCAUCUCGUCGACCAAGAGCGGGAGCUACUGCUCGGCGCACCCGACCGAGUCGCGGUUCGACUGCGAGAACAAGCCCAACGCGUGGCAGGGCGAUCGCUUCCAGCUCAUCUUCGUCGCCUCCAACCUUAACGAGGGCUGCCCCGGCUUCGACUAA